GGUGGCCACGGGAAGUCAGCGGCGCAGCCUGCCCCGAGGGCGGGAAAGGGUGCUCACUGGGUCAGUCCGAAGCAUCUGACAGGAGGGCGGGGACCCCGAAAUGCACACGAAAUCCGGAACUGGUCUUCUUUGAUUUUCAUUCGCCCUGGUCUCUGUUCCUUUUCGUACUCAGAGCUCGUGCCUCCCGGGAGGGGAAAUUGGAGAUACGGCCCCGGGCCCGGGGGUGACCCUCUGUGCCUCAAGGAACCGUUCGAGCCUGAGGCUGUCCAGCCCUCCCCAAGACAUCUGCGGACCCGUCUCCCUCGCCUGGCUUCCCGUCUGGUCAUGGCGAGAUUCUGGGUCUGCGUAGCCGGUGCUGGCUUCUUUCUUGCAUUUCUGGUUUUGCAUUCGCGUUUUUGUCGCUCUCCAGUUUUGAGGAACUUUACUUUUGCAGUUUCCUGGAGAGCUGAGGAAAUUCUUUACCGGCUGGAUGUGGAUUGGCCUAAGCACCCGGAGUAUUUUACCGGAGCAACAUUUUGUGCUGCAGUUGACUCCCUCAACGGAUUGGUUUACGUAGCUCAAAGAGGGGAUAACAUCCCAAAGAUAUUAGUGUUCACAGAGGAUGGAUAUUUUCUACGAGCCUGGAAUUAUACAGUUGACUCGCCUCAUGGUAUAUUUGCAGCAAGUACACAGUAUGAACAAUCCGUCUGGAUCACGGAUGUAGGAAGUGGAGUCUAUGGUCAUACUGUUAAAAAAUAUAGUUCCUUCGGUGAUCUUGUUCAAGUCUUGGGUACUCCAGGCAAAAAAGGCACUGGUUUGAAUCCCCUGCAGUUUGAUAACCCGGCAGAACUAUAUGUAGAGGACACAGGAGAUAUUUACAUUGUGGAUGGAGAUGGAGGAUUGAAUAACAGGUUGAUCAAACUGUCCCAAAAUUUCAUGAUCCUUUGGCUGCAUGGAGAAAAUGGGACAGGGCCUGCUAAGUUCAACAUACCUCAUAGUGUUACACUUGAUUCAGCUGGUCGGGUGUGGGUAGCUGACCGAGGAAAUAAAAGAAUCCAAGUAUUUGAUAAAGACACUGGGGAGUGGUUAGGAGCAUGGAAUAAUUGUUUCACAGAAGAGGGACCUUCUGCAGUCAGAUUCACUCCUGAUGGGAAGUACUUGAUUGUGGCCCAGCUGAAUCUUAGCAGGCUCUCGGUUGUAGCAGCGCCCCCUGUGGGAAGCAUUGGAGAGUGUUCUGUGAUCAGCACAAUCCAACUAGCAGAUCAAGUUUUGCCGCAUCUCCUAGAAGUUGACAGAAAGACUGGAGCAGUCUAUGUAGCAGAAAUUGGAGCAAAACAAGUACAAAAAUAUGUCCCUUUGAAUAGCUACGUUCCUCCAUUUGGUUCAUAAUGUUUCCUUCCUGGAAAUAUUUCAAGUGGCAAUUCAGAUUCUCAAAUUCACCAAGAGCUUUCAGCACAUCAUGAAAAAUGAUGUUCAAGCACAAAAGUUGUUGAUUUUUACCUGAUCUAGAAUCAGAACGGUUUGUUUUUAUGUCAUUAAGAAUCAUACGUUUUGUUGCCCUCUUGAGACUUAGUUUUACUUAAAGUGCAUAAGGAUAUUUUAAUGAAGGGAAUGUAACUAAAAAACGGGAUUGGAAAGAGAGACUAAGGUUGUAACCUCAUUAUUUGCCCUGAUAGACUAAUUCUCCCUGGAUAAAAAAAAAUGGGAAUAAAAGUGAGCUUGCAGAAUAAUUUAUUAAAUUUCACGUGAAGAGCUCCAGACCUCCAGAUCGUGCAACUAACAUAAAAUGAACUGCCUGAGAGACUGUAAAUACGAUAAACUACGGAUUAAUUUGAGUACCCACAGAGUGCUGUGUCUUGACGACUUAAAAUUGAGAAGCAGAAUUGCCUUUUGAGUAGCUUACAGUCCAGUGGGGAGACAAGCAGACAAACAGUCACAACACAGCAAAAGCAAUCUUGGAGCAUAGUGGGACUUUCAGAAGUAGGAGCGCUUUUGACUGAGGUAAUCAUGGAUACUUCAUGGGAGAAGUGACUUUAAGUUCAGACUUGAAAACUCAGGAGGAGCUUACCACGGGACAACGAGGAGAAAAUAAUUUCCAAGUAAAGAAGGUAUGAAGAGUUAGAAACAUACUGUAAACUUUGGUAGGCUUUUUUUUAAAGCCCAACUUGGCUCUUGUCCAUUACCUGUAAGAUACUUAACAUCAGUCAGCCUUUAAAGGUAGGAAUAAAAUGGCUGGCAUCUAAGCACUUUUCUAAAAGGUUUUUACAAAUAACAAAGGAAUGUAGCGAUUCCUACUCAUUGUUUUCUUUUUGUUUCAUUCUUCUUUUGUUUUACAUGAACUCAGCUUAUUCCUAACAUUUGUCUACCUCAAAGAAAUUUCAGGAUUAUUUAGAUAACAUAGACACGUGCCAAAUACUUUGGAUAAUUUCGGCCCGGCAUGGUGGCUCAUGCCUGUAAUCCCAGCACUUCAGGAGGCCGAGGCAGGUGGAUAACGAGGUCAAGAGAUCGAAGCCAUCCCGCCAACAUGGUAAAACCUUGUCUCUACUAAAAAUACAAAAAUCAGCUGGGUAUGGGGUGAUAUGCACUUGUAGUCCCAGCUACUUGGGAGACUGAGGCAGGAGAAUCUCUGGAACCCAGGAGGCAGAGGUUGCAGUGAGCCAAGAUCAUGUCACUGCACUCCAGACUGGCAACAGAGCAAGACUCUGUCUCAAAAAAAAAAAAAAAAAGAUGGAUAAUUUCCUGCCUUCCUCCUUCUACAUUUUCUCCUCCCAACCCUCCUUGGGUCUGAAUAUUGGCUUCCCAAAUAAGACCUUUUUUUCAGUUUGUUUUAGCUUAUUACAGGUUCUGGAGGAGCGUGGCCAUUUUAUAAUCUUUCAAAUCGUCUUCUCCCCUUCCUCACAUCAGCUUCCUGCUUUCCCCGGUGUUAUACUGUAAAUUAUGUAGCAUGUGACAAAUCUUGAGCUGCCUUUGCUCAUUACCUGUGCUGGAGUAUUUUCCAGACCUAAAGGGACUCACGCUUGUUUUGACACGUGGAUCAUAUCUCUUCCGUGUGGUUAGGAAGGUAAAUCUACCAAUAGAAAGCCCUGUACUCUAUUCCAAGGCCACUGAUAAACGUGUUUGUGCCACUGAUUGGACUAUAUGACCUUGAACAAGUCACCUUCAUUUUCUCUUUAGUGAAAUGGGAACUUCAUUGUCUCCUCUUUCAUGAAUGCUGUGAGAAUCAGAUGUGCACAGGUAUAGACUUGCCCUUUGAAAUCUAUACCUCUGGAUUCAUUGGAGGCAUUUUAUUAACAAAGGCCCUUCUAAAUGUGCUAUUUAUCUGAUAUAUCUACCAGAUUUGCCUUAAUUUUGUGUUUAUAGCAUUUAUCAAAAUGUAUCCUCAGAAUCUUUAUGUAAAUUAACUAAUGUGGUCAAUUGAUUUGGAUAAAAGAAAUUAAUUUCAGGGUUUGUUUCUAAGCCAGGGCAAGAAGUGCAAAUGCCUCCUUGAAGCAACUUAGGCUAGGUAAACUAAUUUUGUCAUUUCAAAAUGUUUCGUUUUACUUUGUUUUAUAUUGGGGUCAUAUAAAACUUGCUGAGAAUAUUUCUGAAUAUCUUUGUAAGACCCAUAAGGUUGGAUUUUUCAAGUAGAAUAUUUAUUGAUCAGAGGAAGCUUGGAUGAAAUCUGAUGGCAAACAAAGAUUCACCACAAAUUAUUAAACACUUUGUUCUUAGGUCACUUAUGAGAUUAAAAGACUGCUUCAAGCAAUGUAGUGUAACGCUAAGGCAGUAACGUCCAACUUCGGUUUGGCCUUUGCUGGUAUUAAGCACUUUUGGAUUUCAAAACUGAAAUCCAGAUUGGAUAGCCAACAUUAAAACUGGAAACUCAAAUUUUUGCUUUUUAGGCUCACCAAAAUAAAUGAGAAUUUUAAAAGUCCUAAAUUUAUUACUUUAUUUUGUUGUAGUCUCUGCUAUAUAUUUUCAGCAACAAUAAAAAAAAUCAAAAUACUCAGCUUUAUUGAUUCAGUAAAAAGUUGUGAGACAGCAAACAUAUAAAGGCACUCAGGCAAGUGUGCUGUGCUCUAACAGAUCCCUACCCAGUGGGGAAAACAAGCUGCUUAAACCUUGUCCUUCAGUAGUUUAGGAGGUACCAUUUUUGGCACUUGCAUUACGUUACAUUCUUGAUACACAAGAGGUCAGUAGCGUUCUGCUUAUGAUAAGCAUUCUUGAAAUCAAACACGAGCUAAUCUUCAUACUUUGAUUUAUUUUUAAAUUGAAGCUACAGUGUUCACUAUACUUUUAUUGUUUUUCUUUUUUCUGCAACUUGCUUAUAUCUUGAGGAAAUUGGUUUAUGGGUGAAACAUUUUCCAAGCAUUGUUGGAAAUUUUUUACUGGUUCAUUGGACUUGUCCACAAUUAAAAAGAAAAGUUUAAACUUUUUCAAUAAUUCAAACUAAAUUAAUUCACCAGAAGUGAAUUAAUUUAUUUUAAAUGAAGGUGAAACUAAUCCGAAUGUGUGAGUUUCGUACAAUAGAGAAUGAAUUUGUAUUGGGGGGAAUUAUUCUUUUUUAUCCCUUCUAGGUGUGUGUUGUUGUUUAAAAAAAACAAACCAAUUUCACCUUGUGGUUGCUAUUUUACAAAUAAGAAAAAUGAGGUUUUUUGUUUUUUUUUUAACAAAGACUCUAAGUAAUUUCUUCAUCAGAUACUUUAUGGCAUCCAUGAGUUUAUAAAUUAAUCCUCUAAUAGAAUUUGAGCAAUGAAAAAUAAUACUACUUAAAACUUAUUUUUUUAUUGUAAGCGAUGAAGUAAUAUGAUUUAAUUCUGCUUCUCUGUAAUCCAUAAAUAAAACUCAUUGUAACACAUGAAAGAAGCAUGUCCUACAUAAGUUAUCCUUUAAAUAGAUUAAUUUGCAUGAGUCACGACAAAUUGACAUUAUAAACUUGCUUCUCAGUUUUCAGCUGCUUUACCAAAGGAAGAAAAUUUUAAUAUCAUGGUCCAGAUUCUCAGAUUUUUUUCUAACUAGAAUUGGUUACUAUAAUAUGUGUUAGAAAAAAAUUUUUUUUACUAUAGGACAUUUGUAUACAAAUUGUCACAAUUACCAAAGUUAAAUGUUUUUAUAGCUUCUUUCUUCACAGUGUGUAUAAAGAAGUAUUUAAAUACUUUGAUGCUUCCAAUAUUGAACUGAAAUACUAAUUUUUAUUUCAAUAAACGGAUUAAGGAA